GAGAUCUGCGAGUUCCGGAAGCUGCUACACCACCUGAACACGCGGAUUUCGCUUCCGGUCGCCAGCCUCACGGUGCUGAAUCUCAGCUACGCCGUGUCGAGCGUUGUCCAUCUGUUUCGCGAUAUGACGGCGUGCCCGAUUAACAUAUUCACCGCCAGCCUCACCAACAUCGUGCUCUGGCUGCUCAUCGCACUGUUGCCGUUCUUUCAGGCCGCCAGCUUAACUGUCACCUGCCGCCAAACGCAAUCCUGUGGCCAUCUGAUAAGCAUCCGCCCGUUCGUGCACCGCAACACGUCGUCCGAGGAUCUGAACACGGUCCUGCUGUACGCUUCGUCGCUGAAGAUGGCGGCCAAAUUGUUCCGGAUGCCCGUCCGCGCCCACUACCUGUGCUUCGUCGUGCUCGUCUGCAUCCUCACCGUCCUGACGUUCGGAAUGUGUCUCAACAUUUCGUCCGGUUGGCGCUAA